GGUGGCACCGGCUAUGCUAUGACCAAUGAUAAUUUAAAUGCCAAGGAAAAGCGUCCAAUGCUGCAAGUUUAGAUUUAAAAUCAAAUAUUUGUUAGUUUCAAAUUAAUAUUUUAAGUGUCUCGUGUUCAAUAAAAAAAACUUCUAACAGAAGAGUUUUGAAAGUUCUGCUAUUUAUAUACCUAAAUAACUGUAAUAGUGAACUUUAACUAAUUGCGCACGUUAUAACUAGUAUACAUAAUUUUUUAUGUGCAGAUAAAAUUUCACUUGUUUUUGUUUCCUUAUCUUUGUAUCUGACCUUAACCCAAAUUUAUUCUGCAAAGUUAAGUAAUUUUAUAAGUUCAUUGACUGUAAUAGGAAACAAAAUUAUCAGUCAAAUCAAAUUCAAGAUAACAGCAUACAUUAAUGGCAGUUGAAGAGUCAAUAAACGAUAUUGAAAACACUAUCUUUUACAGAUCCAUGUGUCAACGGUGACCUUCUAACCAUCGAAUAUAAACGCUUGGUAAUGCUACAGAGACAUUAGAAAGCAAUCAACAGCAAGUGUGAAAGAGUACUUUUAUUAAAAUACUUUUAAUUUUGUUAAAAAAUAGUAUUAUAUAAAAAAACAAAGGCUUUAAAAUGCAAACAAGCUUUUUAAAAAUUUUAUCACUUUUGACCAUCAUCAUUAGCACUCAAGCAGAGUCAUUCAAGCAGUGCAAAAAUGCCGCUGAAGGCACUUUUGUUGCGGUUGAGAACAAUUGCUUAGCUUACAUUUACUGUCGAGACGAUGAGUCCUUCACCGAUUUAUGCCCUGCUGGCACCUAUUUCGAUGCAGAGCAACAACAAUGUUUGAUAGAUGAAGAUGGCUCCAUGUGCACAACUUCUAUGGCUCCGCCCACGGAAGCAGUGACGCAACAGCACAUGUUAACACAGCAAGCGCUAACUGCGACUACAGCGACUGCGACGGCUAGUACGUCUACAAGCGGGCUGUUUUCGACAAACACUUUGCCACCACGCCCACAAUGCAAAUCAACCUUGGAUGAGUACUUUCCAUAUCAGCAGCGCUGUGAGUACUACUAUCGCUGCACGCGCGGUUAUUUGAGCAUUUUGCGCUGCAGUCUGGGUUAUGGCUGGGAUUUUCUACAAGAGAAGUGCGUGCCACUCAAAGAAGCGCAGUGCUUUAAGGCAGUGCGGGCGCAUGUUUAUAGUUUUUAAGUUGUAAUUUUAAGUGUUUUGUUUUUAUGUAUAAAUGUGAUGGCUUAGCAUACAAAUGUGCAUGUGUGUGUAUUUAAUUCGAUUUUGCUCGAAAGUAUGCAAAUGUUUUUAAGGAUUUUUAAAUUCUGCCUUUUAACCCUUACUACUCGGCUUUCUAGGUAUGUUAGUAUUUACUAAUUAGAAGCAGUAGGUGCAAUAAUAUAAAUAAAACAAAC